UAAGAAAGUAUUUAGUGCCCUUAUAGCUUGGACAGAAGCAGAGGUUUUGUACGUCCUCUGAGCUCCAUGGAUCCACAUGUCGUCUUUAGCCCAAUGAAACACUUCUGCAUGUGUUACGGCGUGAUUACGAGUCAGGAUUGGAGUAAGACAGAUGAGAGGUUAUUGCAGGCCGUGGAACAGAAUGAUCCAGAAAAAGUAGCCACGCUCUUGGUUAAGAAAGGUCUCUGUCCAUCCAAAUUGGACGCAGAGGGAAAAUCGGCGUUUCAUCUGUGUGCGUCUCGAGGUCGAUUGGAUUGUUUAGAGGUCAUCCUCUCUCAUGGGGUGGACAUUGGUGUAACAGAUGGCACAGGCUUUAACGCUCUCCAUCUUGCUGCUAAGAAUGGACAGCCAGAUUGUCUGAAGAGACUUCUUCAGGAAAGGAUGCCUGUUGACUCCACAGACAGUUUUGGGAGGACUUCGUUACACCAUGCUGCUGUAAGUGGCUGCCUGUCCUGCACGGAGAUUCUCUGGGACUUUAAAGCCAACCUUGAUGCUCAAGAUGGAGAUGGCUCAACUCCAUUGAUCCUGGCAGCCCAGAUGAGCAGAAUCGAGCUUUGUGCCUUUUUUUUGGAACGAGGAGCCAAUCCUAAUUUGCAGGACACCCAGGGCAGAUCAGCGUUGAUGUUUUCCUGUGAGAGUGACAGCAUCGAGACUGUCGAGAUGUUACUGAAGGGCGGAACAAACCCACACCUAACCGAUGCCCUCGGCCAUAACUCCGCCCACUACAGCAUCACCGCUGGCAACCACAGUAUAACCCAGAUCCUGCAGAACCUAGGCGUAACCGCAGCUGCUGAGGGUUCGAGUGAGGAGCAGGCUCCUCCUCCUCCCAAUCCCCCAUCUAGUGGAACCACGCCCCGCAAGAGGAAAGCCCCUCCUCCUCCUAAAUCUCCUGCUCAGGGCCCGCCUCCUUCCUCAGAAGCCUCAAACACACCCCCUUCUCCUGUCCUCACCCAAUCACCUGAAUCCCAGAGCCCUGCCCCGCCUUCUCCUGCCCCCAGGACCCAACAUCCCCCAUCUGAGAACCUUACAGAAGAUGAGGAGAUCUUUGAAGAGAUCCGUAAGCUCAGGCUGGAAAGAGGUCGUCUACUGCAGAAGAUCAAGGUUCUGGAGCAGCAACAGAGCAGCGCCACCACUGCCCUAGAGGAGCUAAACUCUCUAAAAGAGCGUCUGAGCGAGGCUGAGGCAGAGCGUGACCGUCUGCUGGCCGAGCUAGAGGAGUUGAGAGCGGCUCAGGUGAGCGGUGUGACCUGUGACUCAGAAGACGCAGAGGACUCGGAUGACAUGCUGGAUUUCCCGGGAGCAGAGAAGUUGCUGUCUAGGCAGUCACGUAGUCUAGAUGCCGAUUCGCCAGCUGAGCGGGGUGAGGGCAUCUCUCAGGAGAAUCCUGCCAUGGUCGAGCAGCUUCGCAGAAAAGUGGAGGAACUGACCUCCCAAAACGCUGACCUGGUUCUCAAAGUGCAGAUGCUGGAGAUGUUUGAGAAGGAUGACACGGAUAUGCAAAGCUCAGGUCCAGAUUUUGUUCCGACGGCUCAAUAUGAAUCUUUGAGGAGAGAGUUCGAGGAACUACAGGAAAAAUACUCCAGAGCCCAGGCUUCAACCGAAGCCUCAAGCAUUGCAGAGAAUCCUGGAUCUGAAGAGAAAGAGGAGAAACAUCAAAAAGCACUGGAGAAAAAGUUGUCCCAAGCCCAGGCUGAGUUAGAGGAACUCAAAGAACAGAUGCGUUUAGGGGUCUACUCUGUGGAGGAUGCCGAAGAGAAGCCUGAAAAGGACUCUGGUGAAGGCGGAGAUUUGGAGACCCACCAGUUGAAAGCGAGGGUACAGGAGCUGGAGGCGGAGCUAGUGAGCAAAAAGACAGAUGGGGAGGGGCUUAGUGAAGAUGACAACAACACCAUCCAACAGCUGAAAGAGAGGGUGAAGGAACUUGAGGCAGCUCUGCAGGACAGAGAGAAAGAGGGAGAGGAGAAUGAAACAGUUGUAAACCUUAAAAAGCAGGUGGAAGAGCUGGGAAAAGCCCUGGAGCGAAGCAAAACGGCAGGAAGAAAGGAGGGCGAGGGAGCGCCGGUGAACGGGUUGCAGGCACGGGUGGAAGAACUCGAGCAGGAGUUGAAGGAGAGCGUCCCUCGAGGUCAGUUUGAAGAGGUUCAGGUCACUUUGGGCCUUCAGCUUAACCAGUUAGCUCAAGAACGUGCCGAAGUGGCUACCCGACUCAACCAGGCCUUGCUGGAGCUGGAAAGGCUCCGACCCCCAUCCCACAUUGACGAGGAUGAAGAGGACGAUGAGCCGUCUGAGAGCUCAGAGGUCUCCAUUGCAUCUGACCACUCUCUACACAUGUCGCCGGGCGGCCGGACCUUGGAGGCCAUAAAAGAGGAGCUUGAAGUUGCAAGGCAAGAGGCAGCCCAAGCUCUGGACAGCCUGUGUGCUGAAAGAGAGAGCCGGGCUCAGGAUGUGCUACAGCUGAGAGACGCAGUACCCCUUGUUAAACACCAGGAGUCACUGUCCGCAGUAGCCCAGCAGCUAGCUCAAACAGAGAAAGAGCUGCAAGCUGAGAGGGCACUGCGGGAGCAUGCGCAGACUGAGCUCUCCAGACUGGAAACUGAGCUACAGGCUGUGCAAAAAGACUCAGUUAGCAAGGAAGAACAUGAUAAAAUCAAGGCAGAUCUAGAGCGCUCUCUAGAGGACAGUCGACAGAUAGCAGCAGCAGCACAGGAGUCUCUGAGCGAGAAAGAGACUGAACUGAAAGACCUGCGGUCUCAGAAAGCUCUGGAACAGGGACUGGUGUCCAAAGAAGACCACGAGGCCCAAAGACUCUCGCUUCAGGCUGAGAUCAACACCCUGACGGCCCAAUUAGCUGAUCUAGCACGCAAGCAUGAGAAGACCUGCCUCGAGGUGUUCCAGGUGCAGCGGGAAGCGUUAUUCAAUAAGAGCGAGCGUCAGGUGGCUGAAUCUCAGCUGGAGACCGUUAAAAAGCAGCUGACGGAUCUUCAGGCUGAGUCCACCCACAUCCAGCAGCUGCACCAGGACAUCCAACACUCGCAGGGGCUCAUCAAGGAGAAAGACCGCAAGAUAACAGAGUUGUCUAAGGAGGUGUUUCGUCUGAAGGAGGCUCUGGGGGCUUUGACUCCUCCGCUUGGACGUUCUCCAUCACCCCCGUCCUCAGGGAUUCCUGGACAACAGCUGGCACUGCAGAACCGAGUGACUGCACUAACACAACAGCUUCAGGACUGGGAACGCAAACACAAGACUGUUGUUUCAAUAUAUCGUUCUCAUCUAUUAGCUGCUGUACAGGGCCGAAUGGAUGAAGAAGUUCAAGCGCUUUUGCUUCAAAUCCUCCGUAUGACACAGAAAGGUCAGAAUUAGUGCUUUUUUUACUGACAGCAAUACACUGAGCUCAAGUGACCCCUUGAACCCAAGCCUAUCAGCACUGUGCACCACCAGUGAGCCAUUGAAACUGAAUGAGAAGAUAUAGUUUUUGGAACACGACAGAGAUGAUUCUAUUUCCUGUUUGUGUUGAUUCGUGAGGAAGAACACUGAUCAUUUUGUACCACAUUGCAAUAAACAUUAAGAAACGCU